CAUACCUUCGCUUAAAUUCCCAACAUCCGCUGGUGACGGAGCGCGGCGAGGAAUCCCCCCUUCAGGAGAGACAGGGGCUGCAUCCUCUGAAGCCGUUCAUGCCGGAUAAAGUUUACGAGCUGCGCGCAAGAGGAGAGAGGAUAAAGACUCGGUUGCGCACCCCUUGGUAAACUUGUUGGGAAGUCGCUAGUCGCCGCCAACCGAAAUGGGCACCUUGCGCGACCUCCAGUACGCGCUCCAGGAGAAGAUCGAGGAGCUGCGCCAGAGGGACGCGCUCAUCGACGAACUGGAACUGGAGCUCGACCAGAAAGACGAGCUCAUACAGAGACUACAGAACGAGCUGGACAAAUACCGCUCCGUUAUCAAACCGGCAACCCAGCAGGUCCACAAGCAGAGCGAGCUGCACGAGCAGCAGCGGACGAAGAGGCAGGCAAUUUCGGCCGAACCCACUGCCUUCGACAUCCAGGAUCUUAGCCAUGUCACCCUACCUUUCUACCCCAAAAGCCCACAGUCUAAGGACCUGAUCAAGGAGGCCAUCUUGGACAAUGACUUCAUGAAGAACCUGGAGCUGUCGCAGAUCCAAGAGAUCGUGGACUGCAUGUAUCCGGUGGAGUAUGGAAAGGACAGCUGUAUCAUUAAGGAAGGAGAUGUGGGCUCGCUGGUCUACGUCAUGGAAGACGGGAAGGUGGAGGUGACGAAGGAGAGCCUGAAGCUCUGCACCAUGGGGCCAGGGAAGGUGUUUGGAGAGCUGGCUAUUCUCUACAACUGCACCAGGACUGCCACUGUCAAGACUCUAACAAAUGUGAAGCUGUGGGCCAUUGACCGGCAAUGUUUUCAGACGAUCAUGAUGAGGACGGGUCUCAUCAAGCACACGGAGUAUAUGGAGUUUCUGAAAAGCGUCCCCACGUUCCAUGGCCUGCAGGAAGAUAUUCUGAGCAAGCUUGCAGAUGUCCUUGAGGAGACACAUUAUGAAGAUGGAGAGUACAUCAUCAGACAGGGGGCCAGAGGAGACACCUUCUUCAUCAUCAGUAAAGGAAAGGUUAAUGUGACCAGAGAAGACUUGCCCAACGGAGAGCCUGUGUACCUGCGCAGCCUCGGAAAAGGAGACUGGUUUGGGGAGAAAGCACUGCAAGGGGAGGACAUCAGGACGGCCAACGUUAUUGCGGCAGAGGCAGUGACCUGUCUAGUCAUCGAUAGAGAUUCAUUCAAGCACUUGAUUGGAGGUUUGGAGGACGUGUCCAGUAAAGGCCAUGAGGAUGCGGAUGCCAAAGCCAAGUAUGAAGCAGAGAAUGCGUUUUUCUUCAAUCUCAACCUAGCUGACUUCAACAUCAUCGACACCCUGGGGGUUGGUGGCUUUGGUCGUGUUGAGCUGGUUCAGCUCAAGAGUGACGAGAACAAAACCUUCGCCAUGAAGAUCCUGAAGAAGCGGCACAUUGUCGACACAAGACAGCAGGAGCACAUUCGUUCAGAGAAACUCAUCAUGCAGGAGGCCCACUCUGACUUCAUUGUUAGACUCUAUAGAACAUUCAAGGACAGCAAGUACCUCUACAUGUUGAUGGAAGCUUGUUUAGGAGGAGAGCUGUGGACCAUUCUUCGAGACCGGGGUUCAUUUGAGGACUCAACCACCAGGUUUUACACAGCUUGCGUGGUGGAGGCCUUCGCCUACCUGCAUUCCAAAGGAAUCAUCUACAGAGACCUCAAACCAGAGAACCUUAUAUUGGACCACAGGGGCUAUGCCAAACUGGUAGACUUUGGCUUUGCCAAGAAGAUCGGGUUUGGAAAGAAGACAUGGACCUUCUGUGGGACUCCGGAGUAUGUAGCACCAGAGAUCAUUCUGAACAAGGGCCAUGACAUCUCAGCUGACUACUGGUCUCUAGGAAUCCUCAUGUUUGAGCUCUUAACCGGCAGCCCUCCAUUCUCUGGCCCCGAUCCUAUGAAAACCUACAACAUCAUCCUGAGAGGCAUCGACAUGAUUGAAUUCCCAAAGAAAAUUACCAAAAAUGCUGCCAACCUAAUCAAAAAGCUAUGCAGGGAUAAUCCUUCUGAGCGACUGGGAAACUUGAAAAAUGGUGUCAAAGACAUCCAAAAGCACAAAUGGUUUGAGGGCUUUAACUGGGAGGGCUUGAAGAAGGGGACAUUGACACCCCCUAUUAUCCCUAAUGUCACAUCGGCUGUCGACACAAGUAAUUUCGACAGCUUCCCAGAGGACAACGAGGACCCGCCUCCAGAUGACAAUUCCGGCUGGGACGUUGAUUUUUGAAGUCCUCCUCUUCCCCUAAAACCAAAAGAAACUCUUCUUUUGUUUGCUUGGAGGCCAUCAUGAGGACAUGGCUGUGUUGUAAAAAAAAAAAACUGCUUUAAAAAAGGAAAGAGAGCAUAUGGAAAAGAAGCUAAACGGAUGGAUGGCAAACCCUCUGGGUCACCGAUAUGCCUUUAUUUCACUGUGGCUCUGGAUCAAGCAUUUAUAAUGGGACUGCUGUAGCACUUCUUCAGUGUUGUCUUACGCUCAGCUCCAAAGGCAAAGGCAAAGAAAGUGCAGGGAUACACGUAUAUAAACACAAUAAAGAGAGGCUGAUCAUGGAGCCAUGUUUUCCCCAUGUAACAGGGAAAGAUGUUUAAGUGGGUGGAUGAAUAUUCGAUUGGAUAAAUAAGAGUGUGAAAAAUGUGAUGAUGGACGGCUCAAAAAGAGAGGAGGCUGAUGAUUGAGUUCUUUUCUGUGUUUGUUUCUCCGCCAUAUUUGGUGAAAUAUUUGGUGGAUUUUAGAAGGGUAUACGAUGUUACUGCAGUUGCCUCCUUGUUUUUUGACAUGCAGCUGCUUGCUGCAAUCGCUGACACUUUCCAGAAAUCAACACACUACAGUUUGCAAGUAAAACUGGUAUCAAGUGCUCAAGACUAACCUGAAUGUCACAGAUUUUCUUCUUAUUUAACAUCCGUAUGGCAUACAGCAUGUACAGUACAUAGUAUUUGAAGGUACAAUCUCACACAUGGACACAACUGGGCUAAAAUCAAAUACUUAGUACACUUUAUGUAAGAUUAACCUACCUUGAAAAGCACAAACACUGUGCAUUCAGUGGAGAGAGACAUGACUCUUUAAGUGCCCUGCUUAAAAUUUAAUGAAUCACACACCGACACACAUGAAAUGUCAGCUAGUAUUUACAUGAAGCAAUGUGUCAUUAUGCACUUAAGACCAUUAACUGAGAAAAUCAGCAGUUCUAGCUAAUUUAAAGCUUCAGUAGAUGAAGUCACACACGUCUUUUUGUUCUUUAAAAUGCUUUUAAUCACGCAUAUGAAUACUUCACUACCUGAAUACUUCUUCUGUUUUUAAAUCACCCAAAUGCCUCGUCCUCUGUUCGCUCCUGUAUAGUUCUGACAUAACUGUGAACAUGGUUUCAAUGUCUUUGGUGCUGUUAUAGAUAAAUUAUAAUAAGCGAUGGUGAGAUGACAGUACUGGUUAUUGUUUUUGUAUCGUGGUUCUUUUGUGCUUGGUUCCUUUGUAACGUACUUGACUUCCUCGUUUAGAAAAUUGGAGACUUGUGUCAAUUCGUAAACUUAAGUGAAGAUUUGUUUGAUAUCACUUGACACCGUGGUACAUUGUGCUACGUGGUAUCCUUGAGGUUUUUAAACAGGUUUAACUAUGUUAAGUUCAUCCAUAUGAAUUUUCCAUCCUCUCCUUUGGAGGCAAAAUUGACCACAUACACAUCAUCUUAAGACCUAAGGCUUAACAUCCUCUUGCAGAGCUUUUGAAAGUCUUUUACAGACAGACGGCGAUAUGGAGAAAAAGAUGACAUUUUGUGAAACUUUGCGCCAUGAUCUCUCAUGAAGCUCAUCAACUCUCAUGUCCAAAAGUCAGAGCAUAAAAUCAGAAGAAAUGUAAGUGCCUUAAAUCAAUGGCAUACAAAAUUAACAUCACAAGUCCUUUUUGAUGCUGCAUGAACACAUAUACACCUCAAAAACUUAUGUGUCCUCUUAGACGGCUGCUUCUCAUCCUUUGUUAUAUCUAAUAAAUACAUUAAUCACAAUGGAAAGAGAAUUUCUAGUCAUUUGAUGGCUCAUAGAACUGUAUGUGGAACACAUUUCCUGCUUUACCCCUUUGAUUUAUCUCACAGGAACAUUUACUGACAGUAAAAUGAUAGAAAUCUAUCAUACCUGAUAAGGCUGCAAUGACAUGCUUUUCUCUGUGUAUCUAAUAUGGUGUCAUGAAAUCCACCACAACUGGCCUAAUAUAAAGUGAACAGUAAAUCACAGCUCAGAGGGACCAUCCAUCACCUGACUCAGUCAUGAAAUAUGACCAUUUAGAGAUGGCAAGAAUGAUUUGCAGUUUUGAACAUUUCACAAAUACGAAAACAUUAUUCUAGUUCAUGGAAUGCCAUUUAAGUCAAUACUAAAUACAUAUAUAUGUCUUUGAAAUCAAAUCUGUAAUAAAUGAGUAAGGCAAUAAAUAUACAAUCAAGUGUAAAUAUUGAUAUAUUAAUGGCAUUCCAUACUUCGUUUACCACUGUUGACAGCCUUUGACAGUAUGACAGCAUUGAUCAGAAUGCAUCAUCAUCCAAAUUCUCAUUCUAUUGUUUGGUUUGAAUGAAGACGAACGACUCAUAUUUCAUCCCAGGAAGCCAAACAGACUGACACACUGAUAUUGAUAUCCUAUAAGUCGUUCAGUGUGUCGAGAGCUAAGAAUUAGAAGAAAUCUUACAUCUGUAGACAUACCAUAAGUAUUUUGCUGUAUUAAGGGCAGGUUAUGUUCAUCACAAAGCCUUAUGUAUGCCAUCACUCUACGAACCACUGGUUGUGAGUCUUAUAUUGAC